GUCAUGAAGUGUGAAUUUGACAAGAUUUGUGAUCAAUGGCCCCGUCGGCUCCACUCUCUACCCAGCAUGCAACCUAGUGGAGGGGUAGAUUUGGUUAUUCCAGAUCUAUGCGUGCCUGCGUAAUCUUUUGGUUAUAAGUACCGAUUGUUGCUGUUGUGUUUUGGAUCAGUCAUCUGGUUGACUUCUUUUAUCCUCUUGCAUCAAGAUCGAAUACCCAUCUACCUUCAAACCGCAACACAUAUUAAAAAAAUGGCUUCCAACCCACCUCAGAGAUGUUGUACUCUAGGUGUGAAGCACGAGGGUGCUCCAACUGGAUCUACUAUCAAGAUUGCUGAUACCAUUGAGACCUAUGUUGCUGAGCCUACAGAAAAGGUUCACAAGGAUACUGCCAUCCUUUAUCUUCCAGAUGUUAUCGGUAUCUGGCAAAACUCCCAGUUGAUGGCCGAUCAGUUUGCCGCCAACGGCUACUACACCAUCGUCCCCGAUCUCUUUAACGGCGAUCCAAUCUCUCUUAAUCGUCCUGAAAGUUUCGACUUCAUGCAAUGGUUAACCAAGGGUUCUGAUGGAAACAACCCACAUACAUUUACACAUGUUGAUCCUAUCGUUCAAAAGGCCAUUGAAUUCUUGAAGUCUAAGGGAUACACCAAGAUUGGAGCUGUCGGAUACUGUUUUGGUGCUAAAUACGUCGCUCGAUUUAUGGCUGAAGGAAAGGGUAUUGAUGUGGGAUAUGUUGCUCAUCCUUCUUUCGUCGACGAAGAUGAACUUCGCGCAAUCAAGGGACCCUUCUCCAUCUCAGCCGCUGAAACCGACGAAAUUUUUCCAGCCGAAAAACGUCACAAAUCAGAAGAAAUCCUCAAGGAGAUUGGUGCUACUUAUCAAGUCAAUUUGUUCAGUGGAACUGUCCAUGGUUUCGCGGUUAGAUGUGAUUUGAGCAAGAAGAUAGAGAAAUAUGCCAAGGAACAGGCUUUCUUGCAGGCCGUGACUUGGUUUGACGAGUAUUUGAUUUAGAGAUAGGGCCGAGAAUGAGGUUAAAGAUGAAAUCGUGAGAGGGAGGAUGGUACAAGAGUGAAAGAAGUAGAGGAGAGGAGCAAUUUUCACAGGUGUACGCGAGUUUCCGAAGAAGAAGCGCGUAUAGAAGCGCGAAUAAAUGAAUACCAAUGCACUUUAAACCAUGAUAUAAAAGAUUGGCAUGGUAGAGAAUUAUUUAAUGACGAUUGAAUUAGAGUAUCGGCA